CUUAGGUACAUAGCUUGAGACAACUUGAGGUCAAUCGAGUGUUGACAUUGAGACGCCGGCCAGUGGCACUGAAAAGCCCUUGGUCGCCGUGACUGUCGUCACGCUUUCCCCGCACGCAUGCACGUGUAAGACGCGAAAUGGCGUCCACCUCUACCUCCACGUCGCCGCACGACCUCUGCACGCAAUGGACCGCGUUGGCGGACGAGGACCUCACCGCAAGAAAGGUCGACGAACUCCUGAGACCCGUUUCCGAUGACUUAUGGGUAGCAGCCGCAUGUGCGGACCGCAUUCUGGAGGACGCGAUCGUCCAGAGGUCGGUAUUGGACCUAGGAAUCGAGCGGACCGCUUCCGCCAUCAAGAGGGUUGGCGUGGCAUAUUCCCGGCCUUCACAGCUCCAUGAAGAGGAGGACCCGUCGGAGGAUGGACCUGAGAAGGACAGAGUCACGGAGGGAGAGCCUCAGGAGGACCUGACAAGACAUACGUCUCUAGUCUCACACUUCCGUGGCGAACCCGCCGACGUGCAACUAUGUCGUAUACGCGCCGUCCUGCUCGACCGACUGGAUCGGUUGUCAACAUUUGUAGAGGUGUGCAAGGAAGCCCCGCCCAAGGAGACGGAGGAGACGGUCGAUGAAGAGUGGGAGGACCCAUGGGCGGACGAAGCCAACGACACCGCGGCAGAAUCGUCACCGUCUGCUACAGAGCCGCCACUUCCUCUAUCUACGUUCCUCACUGCCGACCUCCUGCAACUAGCAUGCAUGCUCGCGUCCUCGGAACAUGCGUCAGCCCUCCGCGUACUCAUGAAUCGACUCGGGCACCAUAUAUGGCCAUACCGGUUCUCGGUCAUCGACUGUAUUCCUGAAUAUGCACUCGCCACUCAAUUCCUCGAUUCUCUACCGAUCUAUGAUCCCUCAGGCGACAAGGAGCAGAUACCGAAAUUCUCCCCGUGGAGGAGUGAGCCUGACUUCUCGGAACAUUCGGUACUCCCUGCUGCCCUCGGGGACGCUGAAGUCCCCCUGGACUUCUCCCUUCAAGCGCCUGUCACGACUGACCUGUCUUCCCGACCAGACCCUCUGUCGGCACAAGGUCUGGCAACAUGGUACCGGGAUCAUAUAGACCUCAUCAUUUCGUCGACCGGGAUGAUCGAUGCUGCCCUGUUGUUGAUUCAGCAUGCUGCUUCGCAAGGACUUCCAGGACUCGACGAAGUAGGCGAGGAGCUGAGUUUACUAUCUCGCUUGGUGUACGACGCCCCUGCCGUUCCAACCGACACCGACGAGGACUGGACGCUGGCCCGGUGGAGGUCUAUGGAACCGUCGGCAGUAGUGCGUGCAUACCUCACGCACUCCACUCCGGUCACGGUUGCAAAAGAUAUUAGUAGACUCGUCAUGCCAUAUCUUUUCGUACUCGAGUCGCGCGCAGAGCGGGCAGGCACCCCAGAUCCGUCCCUACCAACGCGGCUCUUGUACGAGUACGUCCUGAAUGCGCCUCUGGAGAUCGUCGCAGCUGUCUUCGAGGCAUCGAAACCGACCUUAUCUCCCGCCCAACGACUCAUCCGGAAUGACGAGGACAUGGCACGCCUCGCCUUGGCGUGUUUGUACGGGAGCGACAGCCUGGACGAAUGGUCAACGAUGAGCCGCAUCUUCGAGUGUCUUCCUGCAUGGGAAACAGCCAAUGACGAAGACGAAGCAGACGAAGCAGACACUACCAUCGCUUCGUUAGGUGCUUUCGUCGCCCCUUCCACUACGCGACAGCGUGCCACCCCAGCAGAUCUGAUGCUCUUCUUCCAGCCCCUCCCUCCGUCUGCCUUGUCGCGUGCUCUGGAUGUUUUGGACGUUCAUCUGGAGUCUGGAGAGAUUCUGGCGCGAUGGGAAGUCCCAGCGCCCCUUCGCUGGUUCUUGCAAAGCAACGGCAGCAUUGCCGAGCAGCGAUCUUGGGCGAACCGGAUGGCGCGGCGCGCUGGAGGUACCGACAAACUUGAGACGCAAGAAGACUGGGAAUGGCUCCUGGAGGAUAUGCUCAAGCUCUCGGAGUCGGGUGAUAGCGGAGCUUGGAGCACAUUCUGUCUGCUAUCUCAAGAUGAUAUAGCCCGCAUCUACUUCAGCGGGUUGCUCAGCACAGGCAAAUUCGACAUCGCGAAGCACUUGUUGCGUUCAUCUAGCAUCAGCAUGUCAUUGGAACCAUCCGUCAUUGAAGACAUAUGUCUGACGUGCUCUCAAGAGUUCUACGACAACGCGAGCUCCGGUAAUUACCAUUUCAGCGAUAUGAAACUUGCCUACGACUGUCUUGACAUCCCUGCGCCUUCCGAGCGGGUCAUCAGGGAGAGAGAAUUCAUUGAGGCGACCACUCGUCUUUGCUCUUUCAACCUCAUGUCACGCCCAGGCAUCCCGAUCACCCCUCUUGAGAUUCGUCUGACAAAGGACCGCUUGUCCCUCGUGUCGCGAGUGCUUUCCAGCAACAGCGACGCAUACAAGCACACGCAAGUCAUUCUCGACUUGGUCUACAAACUGGGAUUCAGAGGAGACGUCGUCGCUGAGGUCAAGACCUUGGCCAUGCUUGUCGAGACCGCCGUGCAAGCCGAAGACUUCCCUCGUGCAUUCGAGACGAGCCAGAGUAUGAUUGACACUGUUCUCAGUCUGAGAUCGACAGUGCCGUCUGGCCUACAAGACUCCAACGUGGAGGAGGCGAGUGAAGUAUGCUGGGUCGCUUGCUACCAAUUGGGACGUCAUCCCGAGUUCGAAGACGUACCGAAGAAACUCACACUGGUGGGACGUGCCCUGGAGCUAUGUCCGUCGGACAGGAUGGCGGAUGUCCUGGCAGUCUGGCAUCGUCUGGAAGACGAGGAUUUGCAGCAGCGACGCGAGCGGCUCGAUGCCCGCCGCAAAGGUGGCCGGACGGUACAUGCGCGCAAGCGUGCGCCCACAGCGCACGACCCCGUUGCUUCCCUUGCAGCUCGCCUACAGCACCUUCGGAUGCCCGACUUCCAGAUGCCGCAUUCGCCGCUCACGGGCGCAGAGGAUGCAGCGGCGCUGGCAGGCAAGGCAUUCAACCGUGUUGCGGCGAACUUCCCCUUCUCUGUAGGCAAUCGGGGCCGUACGCUCACGGGCGAGAACGGUAGUGGAUGGGGCAGCAGAGAAGGUAGCAGAGCACCCGAAGACGGGGCAGACGUUUCGGUUCAGGCGUCUCGAGUCUUGCAGGCUGGUAUCGGUUGGUUAUUGGGUGGAGAUGAUGAUAAUUAACGUAUGUCACGGACAUCGUGGACAGUAGCAAGUAAUAUUACACAUGCUUCAUGCAUCCAUAACUAUGCGCGUUGUGCUACAUUGACACUGGCUUCAUCGUGUUGACAUCUGCAAGCUAGGGGUCUGAGUCUGCAGCAAUUACAUGGCAGUUUUCUUCAC